AGAGCUCAGUUAGCGCGUAGAGCGCCAGGCAGUGAAUACCUCGGGGAGGGACUCGCUGCUCUGAGUGGUUUCUAAGCGCUCUAUAACGCGAACAGCCUUCUGGGAUAUAUCGCAUCGCGCCUCCAUAGCCGUCGCCAUGCACGGCCCCCCAUCCGGAGACAGCGCCUGCCCCCUCAGGACCAUCAAACGGGUCCAGUUCGGGGUUCUAGGCCCGGACGAGCUGAAACGGAUGUCUGUUACAGAAGGUGGCAUUAAAUAUCCAGAGACCACAGAAGGUGGACGCCCUAAACUUGGUGGACUAAUGGAUCCACGCCAAGGGGUGAUAGAGAGGACGGGGCGCUGUCAAACAUGUGCAGGUAACAUGACAGAGUGUCCUGGUCAUUUUGGGCAUAUUGAACUGGCCAAACCAGUCUUCCAUGUGGGUUUUCUAGUGAAGACCAUGAAAGUUUUGAGAUGCGUCUGUUUCUUCUGCUCCAAACUGCUGGUUGAUGCGAACAACCCAAAGAUUAAGGACAUUCUGACAAAAUCAAAAGGGCAGCCAAAGAAGCGCUUGACCCAUGUAUAUGAGUUGUGUAAGGGGAAAAACAUCUGCGAAGGAGGAGAGGAGAUGGACAACAAGUUUGGAGUUGAGCAGAAUGAGGGAGAUGAAGACAUUCAGAAAGAAAAGGGUCAUGGUGGAUGUGGACGUUACCAGCCACGAAUAAGACGCUCUGGUUUGGAACUGUAUGCAGAGUGGAAACAUGUCAAUGAGGAUUCACAAGAAAAGAAGAUUCUGCUUAGUCCAGAACGUGUACAUGAGAUCUUCAAACGGAUCACAGAUGAGGAAUGCUUUAUCCUGGGUAUGGAGCCCCGAUAUGCGCGCCCGGAGUGGCUCAUUGUAACAGUCCUGCCGGUUCCACCGCUUUGUGUAAGGCCUGCAGUUGUCAUGCAGGGUUCUGCUAGAAACCAGGAUGAUCUGACUCACAAACUGGCUGAUAUUGUGAAGAUUAACAAUCAAUUGAGACGUAAUGAGCAGAAUGGUGCUGCAGCACAUGUGAUUGCGGAAGAUGUCAAACUUCUUCAGUUCCAUGUUGCCACCAUGGUGGACAAUGAGCUACCAGGACUUCCUCGGGCUAUGCAAAAAUCUGGUCGCCCCCUAAAGUCUUUGAAGCAACGAUUAAAGGGGAAGGAAGGACGUGUGAGAGGAAACCUCAUGGGAAAGCGUGUGGACUUCUCUGCCCGAACAGUAAUCACCCCCGACCCUAAUCUUUCAAUUGAUCAGGUUGGAGUGCCUCGUUCCAUUGCUGCAAAUAUGACCUUCCCGGAAAUAGUAACUCCUUUCAACAUAGAUCGGCUGCAGGAGCUGGUACGUAGAGGGAAUAGUCAGUAUCCUGGAGCCAAGUAUAUUAUCCGAGACAAUGGAGAUCGUAUUGAUCUUCGGUUCCACCCCAAACCCAGCGACUUGCACCUUCAGAUUGGGUACAAGGUGGAGAGACACAUGUGUGAUGGGGAUAUAGUCAUUUUCAACAGACAGCCUACAUUGCACAAGAUGUCUAUGAUGGGGCACAGGGUACGAAUCCUGCCAUGGUCCACCUUCCGUCUGAACCUCAGUGUUACCACUCCAUACAAUGCUGAUUUUGAUGGGGAUGAAAUGAACCUCCAUCUUCCUCAGUCUCUGGAGACAAGAGCCGAAAUUCAGGAGCUGGCUAUGGUACCACGUAUGAUCGUUACUCCUCAGUCCAACCGACCAGUCAUGGGAAUUGUGCAAGACUCUUUGACUGCUGUGCGCAAAUUCACCAAGAGAGACGUGUUCAUGGAAAGGGGCGAGGUGAUGAACUUGCUUAUGUUCCUGUCUACCUGGGAUGGAAAGGUUCCUCAGCCCGCUAUCCUGAAGCCACGUCCUCUAUGGACGGGAAAGCAGAUUUUCUCUCUCAUCAUUCCAGGACACAUAAAUUGUGUUCGAACACACAGCACACAUCCAGAUGAAGAAGACAGUGGACCUUACAAACACAUCUCACCUGGAGACACGAAGGUCAUUGUUGAGAAUGGGGAGCUCAUCAUGGGAAUUUUGUGUAAGAAGUCUCUCGGAACAUCAGCUGGCUCUCUGGUCCAUAUAUCUUACCUGGAGAUGGGCCAUGACAUCACUCGUCUCUUCUAUUCCAAUAUCCAAACAGUCAUCAAUACCUGGCUUCUUAUUGAGGGCCACACAAUUGGAAUUGGAGACUCCAUUGCUGAUGCUAAAACCUAUCAAGACAUUCAGAAUACCAUCAAGAAGGCUAAACAGGAUGUGAUAGAGGUCAUUGAGAAGGCCCAUAACAAUGAACUGGAACCCACCCCAGGAAAUACCCUUCGUCAGACAUUUGAGAACCAGGUGAACCGUAUUCUGAAUGAUGCCAGGGACAAAACUGGCUCCUCCGCCCAGAAAUCUUUGUCUGAAUAUAAUAAUUUCAAAUCCAUGGUGGUUUCUGGUGCCAAAGGAUCGAAAAUCAACAUUUCCCAGGUUAUUGCUGUCGUAGGGCAGCAAAACGUGGAGGGUAAGCGUAUCCCUUUUGGGUUCAAGCAUCGGACUCUACCUCACUUCAUCAAAGAUGAUUACGGUCCAGAAAGUAGGGGCUUUGUGGAAAAUUCAUACCUUGCUGGCCUUACUCCCACAGAGUUUUUCUUCCAUGCUAUGGGAGGAAGAGAAGGUCUGAUUGACACAGCUGUGAAAACUGCUGAGACAGGGUACAUCCAGAGACGUUUGAUCAAGUCUAUGGAGUCGGUUAUGGUAAAAUAUGAUGCAACUGUGCGGAAUUCAAUUAACCAAGUAGUACAGCUGAGAUAUGGUGAGGACGGCUUGGCUGGAGAAGGAGUAGAAUUUCAGAACUUGGCCACCUUGAAACCCUCUAACAAGGCUUUUGAGAAGAAGUUUAAGUUUGACUACGCCAACGAGCGCGCCCUGCGUCGGACACUGCAGGAGGAGGUUGUGAAGGACAUACUCAGUAAUGCUCACAUUCAGAAUGAACUGGAGAAGGAAUUUGAGAAGAUGAAGGAAGACAGAGAAGUCUUGAGGGUUAUCUUCCCCACUGGGGACAGCAAGGUUGUUCUUCCCUGUAACCUUCUAAGGAUGAUCUGGAACGCACAGAAAAUAUUCCAUAUUAAUACUCGAAUGCCUUCUGAUCUGCACCCCAUUAAAGUGGUGGAUGGUGUUAAGGAGCUUAGCAAGAAACUGAUUAUUGUGAAUGGAGAUGAUCCUCUAAGUCGCCAAGCUCAGGAGAAUGCCACUCUUCUCUUUAACAUCCAUCUGCGGUCCACUCUGUGCAGCAGGAGGAUGGUGGAGGAGUUCAGAUUGAGUGGAGAGGCCUUUGACUGGCUGCUAGGGGAGAUUGAGUCAAAAUUUAACCAGGCCAUUGCCCACCCUGGGGAGAUGGUGGGGGCCCUGGCUGCUCAGUCUUUGGGGGAGCCUGCCACUCAGAUGACCCUGAACACUUUCCAUUAUGCUGGUGUGUCUGCUAAAAAUGUCACCCUGGGGGUGCCACGUCUGAAAGAGUUAAUCAAUAUAUCAAAGAAACCAAAGACUCCUUCAUUGACCGUAUUCUUGCUGGGGCAGUCUGCUCGAGAUGCUGAACGAGCCAAGGAUAUUCUUUGUCGAUUGGAGCACACAACUCUACGUAAAGUCACCGCCAACACUGCCAUUUAUUACGAUCCUAAUCCUCAAAAUACGGUUGUGGCUGAAGAUCAAGAGUGGGUGAACGUGUACUAUGAAAUGCCGGACUUUGAUGUCACCCGAAUCUCCCCGUGGCUUCUUCGUGUGGAGCUGGAUCGCAAACACAUGACUGACCGAAAACUGACCAUGGAACAGAUAGCCGAGAAGAUCAAUGCAGGUUUUGGAGACGAUCUUAACUGUAUAUUUAAUGAUGACAAUGCCGAAAAGCUGGUUCUUCGAAUAAGAAUUAUGAACAGUGAGGAGAGCAAAAUGCAGGAGGAGGAAGAAGUGGUGGAUAAGAUGGAUGAUGAUGUGUUUUUACGUUGCAUUGAAUCGAACAUGCUAACAGACAUGACACUGCAGGGCAUUGAACAAAUAAGCAAGGUGUAUAUGCAUCUUCCUCAGACAGACAAUAAAAAGAAAAUAAUUAUCACAGAAGAUGGAGAAUUUAAGGCUCUUCAAGAAUGGAUCCUGGAAACGGAUGGUGUCAGCCUGAUGCGAGUCCUAAGUGAGAAAGAUGUGGAUCCUGUUCGAACAACAUCCAAUGACAUUGUGGAGAUUUUUACAGUUCUAGGUAUUGAAGCAGUUAGGAAAGCCUUGGAAAGAGAAUUGUACCACGUGAUCUCAUUCGAUGGGUCGUAUGUGAAUUACCGUCACUUGGCGCUUCUGUGUGACACUAUGACUUGUAGGGGGCAUCUCAUGGCAAUUACUCGUCAUGGUGUUAACCGUCAGGACACCGGACCUCUCAUGAAAUGUUCCUUUGAAGAGACCGUGGACGUUCUCAUGGAAGCUGCAGCACAUGGAGAAACUGAUCCCAUGAAGGGAGUGUCUGAGAACAUCAUGUUGGGUCAGCUGGCUCCCGCUGGAACUGGCUGCUUCGACUUGUUGCUAGAUGCAGAGAAGUGUAAAUUUGGAAUGGAGAUUCCAACCAACAUCCCUGGAUUAGGAGCAGCUGGACCGACCGGUAUGUUUUUUGGAACUGCUCCCAGCCCCAUGGGCAAUAUGUCCCCUGCAAUGACCCCGUGGAAUCAAGGAGCAACACCUGCAUAUGGAGCCUGGUCCCCAAGUCUCGGAAGCGGUAUGACCCCGGGGGCUGCUGGCUUCUCUCCGAGUGCCGCCUCUGAUGCUAGCGGCUUUAGCCCUGGUUAUUCUCCUGCGUGGUCACCAACUCCUGGAUCUCCUGGCUCUCCAGGACCGUCCAGUCCCUAUAUUCCAUCUCCCGGUGGUGCCAUGUCGCCAAGCUACUCUCCUACCUCUCCAGCUUAUGAACCAAGAAGUCCGGGUGGAUACACUCCCCAAAGUCCAAGUUAUUCCCCUACCUCCCCUUCCUACAGUCCUACUUCUCCAUCUUACUCUCCUACCAGCCCCAACUAUAGCCCCACCUCACCUAGCUACUCCCCUACCAGUCCUAGCUACUCCCCUACCAGUCCUAGCUACUCCCCUACCAGUCCUAGCUACUCUCCAACUUCCCCUAGUUACUCUCCCACCUCCCCCAGCUAUUCCCCAACCUCUCCUAGCUACUCUCCCACUUCUCCUAGCUAUUCCCCAACUUCUCCCAGCUACUCUCCUACAUCCCCAAGUUACUCGCCCACCUCUCCCAGCUACUCCCCCACAUCACCGAGCUACUCCCCUACUUCUCCCAGUUACAGCCCCACAUCACCCAGUUAUUCUCCCACAUCUCCAUCAUACAGCCCUACUUCUCCCUCAUACUCACCCACUUCUCCGAACUACUCUCCUACAUCACCUAACUAUACUCCAACAUCUCCCAGUUACUCCCCUACAUCUCCUAGUUAUAGCCCGACUUCUCCUAGUUACUCUCCUACAUCUCCAAAUUACAGUCCCACUAGCCCCAGCUAUUCCCCCACAUCCCCCAGCUAUUCUCCAUCCAGCCCACGCUACACACCACAGUCUCCCAGCUAUACUCCCAGUUCACCCAGCUACAGUCCAAGCUCGCCCAGUUAUUCCCCGACUAGUCCAAAAUACACCCCGACAAGCCCAUCUUACAGCCCCAGCUCCCCAGAGUACACACCCACCUCUCCCAAGUACUCUCCAACUUCUCCCAAGUACUCUCCAACUUCUCCCAAGUACUCUCCAACCUCUCCUACCUACUCUCCCACAACACCAAAAUAUUCCCCUACAUCUCCAACAUAUUCUCCAACUUCACCUGUCUAUACUCCAACCUCACCGAAAUACUCUCCCACAUCUCCUACCUACUCUCCUACCUCCCCAAAAUAUUCUCCCACUUCACCCACCUAUUCUCCUACCAGCCCAAAAGGCUCUACAUAUUCUCCCACAUCUCCUGGUUACAGCCCUACUUCUCCCACGUACAGUCUUACAAGCCCAGCAAUCAGUCCAGAUGACAGUGACGAAGAGAAUUGAGUGUAAGAUGUGUGUAAUUGCUUCAGGAAGACUUGGCAUAUUGAUUUUGUCUUUUAUAUAAAUAUCCAUUAGGCUGUAUAGUCUCUCUAGACUCUUGGCCUAUUCAUCCGGGCAUUUAAAUCUCCCUGACUUGAAAUCUGCCUGUUCAAAACACAUUCGAUGUGAAUUAUGGUAAAGGUGGGAACAAACUGCUUGAAGCUCUUCUCACAUCGUUUUAGAACUGGUUUGGAGUAUGAAGCUCUUAAUCCUUCCUCUCCCUGGUUAUUGCAACAAGUCACAUGGUAUUAAACAGUGUGGAGCUUCAAGUUUGCAAGUGUAAUACACAAAUGUAUUUAGGAACUAAAUGUGAUGUACCCAAUGAUGCAGAAGGUCGGGAGGGGACUACUUAUACUGCUCUUCUUUUUGCUUUUAUUUCCGCAGUGCUUAUUUUGAACGUCCAUCAUUUAAUAUAAGAUUCUCACUAAAUGUUUGUUUAGAAAUGUUUAAUGUAAAUU